UCCCCCGCGAUCCCCGGAGGCAGCUGGGCUGCUGCUGCUCCUCUGUGUGUCGGGGCCUUUGUGCGGAGGAGAACGGAGGAGGCCAGCUAAAAGAUAUUGAAGGCCACCCACACAGCCCCGCGACUACACGGACACAAGUCCACAUUUGGAAAUUCCUGAAGACUUCCAGAUGAUGAACAAGGAGAAGAGUAACAUGACUGAAAGGAUCUUGAGUCUGGUUUUAGAGAUACUGUAUCUGCUUAUAGAAGAGGAUUAUGUCAUUGUGAAGGAGUCCGGAGGCCACGUGAAAUACAGCAGUGCCACACAGAGACCAUUGGUGGAGCCUUGCUCUCAGUCGCAGGGGAACAACAUCAAAAAGAUCCUUGAAGUUACCAAUAAGAUCACUGAGCUGCUUGCAGGAGAGGAAUGGGAAUAUUUAGAAGAGCAUGAUGGCCUUGAGAAGCAGCUGGACAUUGUGGAAAGCCGGAGGAAGAAACAACAGCCUAGUUCAGAAGCAGACUCCUCAACGAGCAGUAGCGAGUCUGCAGUGUUCCACCCAGCUUCUGUUCCUGUGUACAUCAGCAAAGACCGAGGCAUCAUCACAGUCAGUCCUCACAACUCCUCCUUCAAAGUGGUCCAAAGCAGUUCAAAACCCACUAUUGUCACAGCCACUGCCUCACCCACGGAAGGCUUUAAGCUCCCUGAAAUUUACAUUCACAUUCCAACGGAUCAGAUCGACUAUGAGCCCGUUCCUAACGACUUCUCAUCUUAUGCUCCAGAGAAUUUUUCGAGUUUGGACCUCUGUAAGCCUGUGGUCCAUAGCGAUGAAAUGUCCACAUCUGGUGUCAGAGAAAAGCUUACACAGUUGGAUUUUAUGGCUGUUAAGGUCAAAGAAGAACCACAAGAUUGGGAUGAGGAACACCUUGGAGUGCAGAGGGAGGAGGAACAGAUGGAGCACUUGCCUCACAGGUCAGAAAGCGAACCAUCAUUGUUUACAGAAAGUAUUACGGAGUCCAAUCAUGGUUCAUUUACUUCUACAUACAUAAAGCAGGAGCCAGCUUCAUAUGAAGAAAGGCAACUGACAAACUCUGAUAUUGCUUCAUUGGCACACUACUCACAGGUACAAAAGCUGUCGGACCCCUCCACCAGUGAGAACUUUUCAAACACAAAUGGCAUGCUGACUAGCGGAAAUUCACGUGUGCGGUAUGUGUCUGCUCGCAUCAAGGAAGAACCUGAAGAUGGCAUCACAUGCGAAGAUGAUGUUUUAAUGGAUGCAGCUAACCGAGGCCUAUCUCCUGCCUCUUCUUUCCUGGGAGCACACAUUGAGGAGGUCUCCUACAAAUAUUAUUUGGCACAUUCCAGCAAUGCCCAACCAGAAACGGACAAUCCAGAGAAGCCCUUUUGUUGUUCAGAAUGUGGCAAGUGCUUCAAGUACAGCAAUCUUUUGAUGCACCACGCCAAGUCCCAUCAGAAAAAGCCUCUAAUCUGCUGCGAAUGUGGGAAACAGUAUUCAUGCAAGACAGAGUUUGAGAUCCAUCGGAGGAUUCACACGGGCGAAAAACCGUUUGAGUGUUCAGAGUGUGGAAAGGGCUUCAGGAGGAAGUCGCAUAUGUUGCGUCAUCGGCGAAUUCACGGAGACAAGCAGCUCUUUCCGUGUCCAGAAUGUACCAAGUGUUUCCACCGUCUAGAUGUCCUCAAUCAACACCGUAAAAUACACAGGGCUAACCCACCAAUCUGUGAUAUGGAAAGCCUGCACGCAAGUAUUAUGGACAACUCGAUAUCCAACAACGAUGAAGAUAUGCCAUCUCAAAACCAAUCAGAUUAUGAGGAAAAUGUUGGCUUUGCCUGUCCGGAAUGUGGCAAGUGUUUUCACUCUUUGCAUGUUCUCGAACAACAUCGUAAAGUGCACCAAGCCAACACUACUAGUUCUGAUGUGGAAGACACCGAUGACAUGAACCACGUGCUCGCAAAUGGUCAAGAGGAGUCUCAAAAUACAACCCAUGAAGAAAACGUUGGCUUUGCUUGUUCAGAAUGUGGGAAAUGUUAUAAUGAGAUGUCGCAACUAGAGAAACACCAACGAGUACACAUGGGAGAAAAGCCAUUCUCCUGCACUGAAUGUGGCAAAUCCUUCCGAUUUGAGGCCCUUUUGGAGUUGCAUUGGGGAAGCCACAUUGCCACAAUCUCUUGUCCUGAGUGUGGCAAGAACUUUGCCAGCCAGAGCCUUCUAAAAUACCAUCUGAAGGUCCAUGCAGGGGCCAAUGAGUGCAUCUGCUCAGAGUGCGGAAAAGAAUUUCCAAGCCGCUCACAACUCGUUGACCACUACCGGACUCAUACUGGAGAGAAACCUUACAUGUGCCCGGAAUGCGGAAAGUACUUUAGGCGGAAGGCGCAUGUGGUUAGGCAUCGGAAGAUUCACGCAGGAAAUAAACCAUACUCUUGCCUGGAAUGUGGAAAGUGCUUUGAGAGCCAGGAAUUUCUGAGCCGCCACACCAAAAUGCACCGGCGGAAAAGGCCACACUCGUGUUCCCAGUGUGGCAAAAGUUACACUAAAAAGUCCCACCUUUCCCGCCACCAGCGUACCCAUGCUAAAGAAUCUCCAUAUACUUGUGGCGAGUGUGGCGAGUCCUUCCAAUACCCCGCCCUCCUGAAUCACCACUUAAAAGUCCACACUGGUCAAACCAACUACAACUGUCCUGUGUGUGACAAAAGCUUUGGCUCCCAGUUGGCAGUGUCCAGACACCAGAAGACCCACGCCAAGGAGAAGUCUUUUAUUUGCAUGGAAUGCGGAAAGAGUUUUACCUUCUAUUCCCACUUCAUGAGACAUCAAGCCACUCACACAGGAGAAAAACCUUACGAGUGCCAGGAGUGUGGAAAGCGGUUUACUCGUGAUGCACACCUUGUCCGACAUAAGCGAACCCACAAUAGUGGAAGAGCUUCACAAGUUUGAGUUGACAGAAAAAAAAACUGGUUUAGAUUACAAAUUAUUUAUUACCUUUUUUUAGUUUUAUGUUAUAUUAUGUUUUAUGUAGCAUGAGAUGCAAUGAUUUUGGUCAUUUUUAUGUAUAUUUGAAAUCUCAAAUAGGGACUUUGCUUCAAAGGGGACCUGUCACAUAUGAACAGUGGAGGACCAAACCAAAAAUGGAUAAAUCCGUCCACUGGCAGCCAGCGACGUGCCACCUUUGGACAGACCAAUAGAAAUGAUGAGAAAAUUACCAAUUAAAAUGGGCAGCAUCCUGUUGUUUCUAUAGUCAGGUCUUGGAACUCUCAGUGUUCCCGUGGAAUCUUUUAGCUCAUGUCAAAAUAAGGUUGUGUAUGUUACUACGGGAACAGUGAUCAACGAUUGGAAGCCAUACAUAGUUUGUAGGUAGCCAAAAAGGAUUAUACUACGUUGUCAUUUUUUUAGUUGUCUAGAUGUUUUACUCUGAUAGAAUGUGAAGGUUUAUUCUCGUCCCACAGUUACUUGUUACUUCCUCAUCUCCUUCCUGUGCCGGAAAGCAUCUACCCACAAUUUCCUUUUGCUUAAGAAGCUGUGAUAACUUUGAGAUAUUUAGGGGAACCUGUCAGGACAGUUACCCGCCAAGACGAAGCUUCCAUUUCAUCAUUUCUAGAAGCAGCAUUACAUCCAGGGAAGGCUCAGCAUGCUGUUCUCUGAUAAUGGUUCUGAUUUCCUCCAGUAUUUGGUGUACAUUUUUAUCUGUUCUUGUAUUAUGCAAUUUAAUUUAUUUUUGCUUUUAGCAUGGUAUGUGGCUUAGAAGGCACCAAUGUUUUGGAUGCGAGUUGUCAUCGCAAUGGUACUUAUGAUGUGGUAGUCAUUUGCCUGCGGUUAACUCUUGGGGUGGGGG